AUGACUCGUCACGCAAGAAAUUGUACAGCUGGGGCUGUGUAUACUUAUCAUGAAAAGAAAAAAGACGCUGCAGCAUCGGGAUACGGUACACAAAACGAAAGGCUGGGAAAAGAUUCCGUGAAGAGCUUUGAUUGUUGCUGUUUAAGAUUGCAACCAUGCAGAGACCCAGUGGUAACCAAAGAGGGUUAUUUAUUUGAUAAGGAAGCUAUAUUGGAAUAUAUUAUAAGCAAGAAGACUGAAUACACACGGAAAUUAAAGCAAUAUGAAAAACAAAUGAAGAAAGAAGAAAAUGAGAAAAAAGAGCUGGCCGAUGCUGAAAAACAAGCAAAUCUUAUCAAAUUUAUGAACAGAGAAAAUAAUAUUUCACACAGAAAAUCUUCAGACAGUGGUGCGUCAACAUCAGUUUCAAACUUGGCUAAUGGGAAACAUAAGGAGCUUCCAAGCUUCUGGGUCCCAUCUCAGCUGCCGGAUGCUAAGAUCACGAAACUGGAGAAACCUGAUCCAACUGUAUAUUGCCCCAUUAGUGGUAAACCUUUGAAAAUGAAGGACCUGGUAGAUGUCAAAUGGACCCUUGUUAAUGACCCUGAUGAUAAAAAGUCAUUAAUAGCUAGAGAAAACAGAUAUAUGUGUCCCGUAACACAUGACAUUUUGGGUAAUUCUGUUCCAUGUGCUGUCAUAAGGACAAGUGGUCAUGUUGUGACCAUGGAAUGUGUCGAAAAGAUCAUCAAGAAAGACUGGCUUCAUCCGCUCACCGGCGAGAAGUUAAAAGAAAAAGACAUCAUCCCACUCCAAAGAGGAGGUACAGGUUACGCUCUGACCAAUGAAAACUUGGAGGGGAAAAACGAAAGACCAGUUCUACAAGCUUAG